UUAACAAACCCUCGGCAGCUCACUUCGCCGCCUCGCCUCGCCUUUCCCCGCCCGCCACCGAUCGCCCGCCCGCCAUGGCCAGCGACGACGAGUCCUACCUCUACUACGACGAGGACGACGAGGAGGAGGACGGGCUGGAGGCGGACGAGGACGACGUCGGGCUGUUCGAGGACGCCGCGCCGCAGCCGGAGCACCGCGCGGACCACUGGGCCAUCACGAGAAAGUCCCUAUCAGCUGCCCAGCAACAAGAUGUGUCCAUGGUCAUGAACUUGGUGAACUUAGAGCGGCACAACGCCCGCGCUCUUCUCAUGCACCACCGGUGGAAGAUGGACCGCAUCCACGACUUCCUCGAGCGCAGGGGGCGCGAGGGAUUGUUCAGGGAGGCAGGAAUUGUGGUGCCGCCGGAGGACAGUAGCACGGCGGCUCGUGCAAGGGUGCCGCCUCACAAGAGGCCCCGAACUGUCACGUGCAACGUCUGCUUUGAGGACGUCUCCCGGCCGUCCGAUGUCUCCACCAUGGACUGUGGGCAUUGCUUCUGCAACGACUGUUGGACGGAGCAUUUCUUCGCGUCCCUAGGCAACGGCAAGAAGCACAUCCACUGCAUGCAAGUGAAGUGCCCGGCCAUCUGUGAUGACGGCACCGUGCGGCGGCUCCUUGGCCGCAAGUACCCUGAUGCCGCCAAGCGCUUCGACAACCUGGUCCUCGACUCGUACCUGGACAACAACGCGUCGGUGAAGUGGUGCCCCAGUGCCCCGCACUGCGGGCGCGCAAUCCGCGUGGUGGACGCCAGCGAGCGGUAUUGCGAGGUGGAGUGCCCCUGCGGCGUGAGCUUCUGCUUCAACUGCGCAGCGCCGGCGCACUCACCGUGCCCAUGCCCCAUGUGGGACAAGUGGGACGCCAAGUUCCGCGGCGAGUCCGAGAACCUCAAGUGGAUCGCCGUCAACACCAAGAGCUGCCCCAAGUGCCUCCGGCCCAUCGAGAAGAAUGGCGGUUGCAACCAUGUCAGCUGCCCAUGCGGCCAGCACCUCUGUUAUGCCUGCGGCGGGCGGCUGGAUUCGCUGCACAACUGCAACCGCUACGACGAGGCCGGGCACGCCAACUACGACAGCAUCAGGCGGCAGAUGCUGCGCUACACGCACUACUGCGACCGGUUCAACGUGCACAUCAACUCGCGCAAGGUGGAGCAGACGGAGCUGUGGCCGGCCAUCCAGAAGAGAGCCGUGCUGCUGGAGUCGGCCACCGCCAUCCGGCCGCUCAUCCGGGAGGCCAGCUGGAUGGCCCGCGCGCACCGGGCCCUGCUGGCGUCGCGCCUGGUGCUGGCCCGCUCCUACGCCUUCGCCUACUACAUGUUCGGCGACGAGGUGCGCACCUACCCGUCGGAGAAGGCCAACCUGCCCAUCGCCAAGGUCCUGUUCGAGGACCAGCAGUGGCAGCUGGAGGAGAACGCCGAGAAGCUGUCCAAGGUGCUCGCCGCCGAGGCCAAGCCCGUCCUGGCCGAGGAGGAGGUCCUCCGGGCCAUGCAGGAGACCUCCAACCUCGCCAAGAUCGUCGACACGCACUGCAGGGAGAUGUACAAGUGCAUCCAGGACGAGCUGCUGCCGCUGCUCCUCGAGCCCAUGACCAUCGCCCCCUAUCGCCCCGAUGGACCCGACAAGGCCAAGGAUCUGCCGGCGCCGUGAGAGGGAUGAGCGCAGGAAGCCUAUCUUGGCCUGCAUCCACCGCGCCUCCCUACUCUAUGCACAGCUGCUGGUUACCUUCCUACGGAGCUCCAUCGGCAACAGCAAAUUAGUUAGGCCAGCGCGCGAUAAUAAAACUCCCUGUAUAAUUAGCUUAAGAUAGAAUUCAUCAUUAUCUGUUGUUGAAAUUGGUACUGGAAAAGACGGAUGAAAAUGGAUGGAUGUUAGUGGAACUCUUAGAUUGAA